AUGUCUGACAAAGGAUCCAACACUGCCGCCGAGGGCGCCAAACCUGUCUCUGGCCUCUUCACCGAGCGCGAACUUGAGCUUCUCAGCUUCGCCAUGCAGUGCCUCAAGUCGGGUCCACCCGAGGUCGACUACAAGAAGCUCGCUCAGAUGGCCGGCAUGACCAAUGACCGCUCCGCGUCCAACGCCUGGGGCAAGAUCAAGGUCAAGCUCAUGUCUGGCGGCACUCCAGGCUCUGCUCCGGCCACUCCCAAGCGCGGCGGCGCAAAGAAGCCGGCUGCUACUCCCAAGGGCAAGACCGAGAAUGGCGACAAUGAGGCAGAGACCAACGGCGGAGAUGGUUCUCCCGCACCCAAGAAGACUCCUCGCAAGCGCGCUGCUAAGAAGCAGGAGGUUGAUGGUGAGCCUUCAUCUCCCAAGAAGAAGGGUGGCCGCGGUGCCAAGGUCAAGCAGGAAUCCCAGGAGGAGGCUACCGAGAAAACCGAGGCCAAAGUCAAGGCUGAGGAGCAGUCUGACGAGCAUGAGUCUGGUCCCGAGACCCAGGACACCACCAACGGCGACGACGAGUCGAACACCGAAGAGGUCGUCUGA